AUGGGCACAUUGAACAAUCACCUGCGCAUCCACACUGGUCAUAAAUGUCAGAUGUGCCCUCAGAUCUUCUCCAAGAAGGCCGAACUGAAGAUGCACAUGCGCGUCCACGGAGAUUCGGGGUCCUUCGUCCUUCCGGCAACUGUGGAUGCCAAGAAGUAUCCUCGGCGACGCCACCACCAGUGUAACUUCUGCGACUAUAAGAGUAAAUAUGUGUCGCAUCUGAAACGACACAUUCGGGUUCAUACAGAUGAGCGGCCAUUUCACUGCCAUUUGUGCCCUCAGAGCUUUAAAUGUAGGUACGUGUUGAAUGUUCACCUGCGCACCCACACCGGCGAGCGGCCAUAUAAGUGCGAGCUGUGCUCCCAGCGGUUCUCCCAGUUGGGCACACUGAGUAAUCACCUGCGCAUCCACUCCGGUGGGCGGCCGCACAAAUGUCGCCUGUGCCCUCAGAGCUUCGCCAAAAAGACCGAACUGAAGGAGCACAUGUACAUCCACAGAGGCGAGCUGCCGUAUCAGCCGUAG